CCGUCAUACUUCACACUCUAGGGUCGAUGUUAUCGGAAGUUUUACACACUCAUCUCAAUCUAUGCACACAUUGGUCAGCUUUCUGCAACCAGAGUUGGACUUCGUCAUUGAAACACUAAAUAACAGGAAAUAAAUCAUGACUAAAUACGAGGAGGUUGCUGUUCAUGGAUACGAAGAAUUUUCUAAAGCUGUGUCUGAAAGAAAAGGAAAAGAGAUAUUCGCUUAUUUCUCUGGAGAUAAAGAUGGCCAGGGCAAGAGCUGGUGUCCCGACUGUGUGAAAGCAGAGCCAGUGGUCAGAGGAGAGCUGUCUCAUCUGCCCGAAGGAUCUGUCUUCAUCUACUGCCAAGUAGGAGAUAGACCAUACUGGAAGGACCCAAAUAAUGACUUUAAGAAGACCCUAAAGCUGACUGGAGUACCCACACUACUGCGAUAUGGAACGCCCCAGAAGCUGGUUGAAGAAGAGUGUUUUAAAGUUGACCUCGUUCGGAUGAUGUUCACGGAGGAUUAAUGUCCUGUUGCAUAUAUUGCUGGAUUGCAUCCACCAUUUUAAAUAUGAUUUACAUGGUUUUUCCAUUGUUGGUUUUGUCAUAUGUAAUCUGUGCUCUUGCUCUGGCAAACAAAUUGUGGCCCUGGUAUUAUGUUGUGAGUUUGUGCUGUGGUGAUUGUACAUGUUUUGAAAGUGCUGCUCAUAUUAAAACUGUUUGUAUAGAAGUAAGCUUUGCAUAAUCAGACAUUUCAAAUUUACUUUCGAUUGAUUUUCAAAACAAGGGACUUUGACAGUAUAGCUUCAAUUUAAGAAAGAGGAACAGAAACGGUUACAAUUUCAGUAAACAUUCAUAAUGAAAAUCGUCUUAUAAUCCUUACCUAGAAGAUGAUGCUUGUUUGUAAUCAAUAAAAUGUUUAGAAAAAUGCA